AUGACUCCAGAGGCUAAAAAAAGGAAAAAUCAGAAGAAGAAGCAAAAACUGAAACAGAAGAAAGCUGUGCUGAAGGGUCAACCUGAUGUGAACGCCAAUAUAUCUGUUGAAGAAUCCAUAUCGGAUAAUUCACAAGUUUUGAAUAAUGAAGGCGACAUUACCGAAGUUCCACAUACCGAGUAUCCUGAGAUUAUCAAUCAACAGCAUGAUCCAGUUGAUGUCGUUGAUGUUGGAGAGGGUGCCAAUCCAACUCCUGUGUCUGAAGAGCUACAAAUGAAUAAUGAACUUGAUUCUUCGGCACCAGUUAUACAACAACCAGUUUCUGUCUCUACAUUGUUAGAAAUGUCUUCCGAGGAUGUUUCUAUGAUGAAUGUGGAGCCAGUUUCAAUUGACGUACCAAAACCGAUUUUGAACAUCAUUGAAGGGGAUAGUUUACAACAUGUAAGAACAGAGUUUAUUGAGGAAAUUCAAGUAUUUGACAGUAUUACUGAUAACGUUGAUAUUCAUAAAAAUGAUACCGUUUAUGAGCAAGUACCAGUCGCUGUUGAAACCACCAAUAUCAACGAACAUAUUAUUGAUCACACUCAAGAAUUAGAAUAUACAUCCAACUCAGAGAUAACAGAAGUUGCGGUUCAGUCUGAUGAUAAUAGAAAUUUGACAGAUCCUACAUUAAAGAAAAAUACUGAAACAGGAACAGACAAUAACCUUACUUCAGAAGCUACUAAAGAACUUGAACAGUUAAUUAGUAUAAGCGAAGAUGAGCUCAUUUCCGACAACGCAGAAUCAGCUGAAGUUGCACAGGAAGAAUUCAUAGAUAAUAAUGGACAACAUAUUUUAUCUGAUAACCAAGAACUUCAAGAUAUUUCUGAAGAUAUCAACCCCAUUGAAGUGGAAUCCCAAGAUAUAAACUUUAUAGAAGAAAGGGCCGAACUAGUUCCAUCUCAAAAAGAAGAGGAAGAGGUACUUACACAGAAGUCUUUACCAGAAGAACUAGGAGAAACCAAAUCCCAUUUAAUUGAAGAUGAAAUGCUGGUUGGCUCUGACACCGAAGAUUCCAAUACUAUGCAUUCUGAUGAACAAUUUUUUACCAACCUAACACAACAUAACCAAGAAAAUUAUGAACCAUCAGAGAAUUUUGUUCCAAACACCAGUAGUGAUGGUUUUUUGGAUGACGUUCCUCAACAAAGUAUCAACAAUGAAACGAUAGUUUUUGAGAAGCAAGAUACAAUGGAAGCAACAAAUAUAAAGGAUGACGAUGACAUUAGUAACAAUAUUAACUAUCCUAAAAUUGAUGAAAAUAUUGAUUUAAAGGAAAUAGGAGCAGAAACUGAGGAAAAAAAAUUUUCUUUUCUUGAGGACGAUGAUGAUUUAUUAGAAGAUGAAGAUUUGCUAGAAACCGACAAUAUGUCUGGCCAAUAUAAUGAGAUCAAUUUAUCUCAAAAGGAUAAUGACCAAACAAUUAAACUAGAUAGUGAUGAUGAUAGUUUCCUUGACUCUGACGAAGAAUUUGAAAUGAAUCUCUCUAAAUCUCUAGACAAUUCUUCAAUAAAAGUCAGCCAAUCUCAAGAAGAGAAAAAUGAUUCUCAGCGUGUCAGCAUUUCUGGCACAUCUUCAAAGAAUACAAAACCAACAUCGAAAUACGAUCCUACAUUGGUACCACAACCUAUUCCUCAACAAUCAACUUUUCCUGCUACAUCGAAAAUGACCACAAUGGCUAGUACCAGAAGUGCAACAUCAUCUACUGGAAUUGUCCCACCUCAACCUUUCCAACAAAAUAUUAGCAAUGGUAAACCGAACUCAGAUGCAAAUCAAAAGGUUGCUGAGAAAUUAAACAAAGAAAAACAGAAAUCUGAUGCAUAUGAUUUUCCUAUAGAUUUGGUUCCCAAAAAUUUAGAAAAAGUGCACGCAAAACCUGUUCCUAUUCCAAAGAGUACUUUUAAUGCUAAUCAAAAUUAUGCUAUACCUGUUCAAAGGAGAAUGUCUGCAUUUGGUCAACCAAAGGAACAAGGUAUCGGUAAUAAGAAUUUCUCACCAAUAAAUGACAUUGCAUCUAAUCCUUUAUCACUUCCAAAAAACCCAUAUGCAUCUGUGCCAAUAUCUCAAAGCAGUAGCACAAACUCAAACUCGGUUCCUCCACAAGCAAGUAUAGUCCUUCCUAAUUCAAUGUUAAGAAAGCCAAGCCUUACUUAUGGAACUCAGUCACAACCUCCUAUUAUAGAUAGUAGUCUUGGCUCUUAUGGAAAGCCAAUUUCACCUUUAAAUGCUCCUACAAACACAAGACUUGGCAAUGUUUCCUCUCAAUAUGCUCCGCAAAUCUCUGGUAACACCGGUCCACAUGGAGAACCAUUAGGACCAAUGAGAUACAACAGACCAAAUUCCAUAUCUCCUCAAACUAACCAGCAGGCGAUGAAUCAACAGACAAUACAGCGUUUAUCAGAGCAACCAAGUAUCCAAAAUAAUAUCAAUUCCAACAAACCUGGGUUAAAUUCAACUACUGGAAAGUAUUCACAUAAUCGUACUGGGUCUCAUACUUAUACUCCAAUGCAGGCUUCUGGUUCAAAAUAUGCACCAAAUAAAACAAUGCAGCUACAAAAUUCAAUGGAUCAGUCCGCGCCUUUGUUAUCUUCUAAUCCAGCUAUGAGUGGGAUUGUACCACCAACAAAUUCAAAUAAAAGACCAGCCAAAACUUCAGGAGUUGGUCGUUCCAAUACCCCAUAUGCCCAUAAUUCUAAUGAGCAAACUGUACCUAUCGAUAAUGAAGCCUUGUUGAAUAAGCAAUUCCCAAUCAUUUCUUGGAGAUCAUCAAAUAAGAUUACUUAUGCGGUUCCAUCAAUUGCUUCACAAAGUCCAUUCGCAGUCUCUAAUGCAGCUGAAGUAUCAGAUGUCUCAGUUAGUAAUUACAAUACCAUAUGCAAACCAUCUGAGGUUCUAAGGACAUUUCCAGGUCCCUUAAUUAAGGGCAGAACAAAAAAUAAUGAUAUUUUAAAAUGGAUAGAAGAAGUCUUAAAUAAUAGAUACAUCAAUGCCACUUCAUUAGACACCAAAAUUUUUGAAAUUUUGAAAUUAAAGUUAUCCGAAAACACUACAUUGAAGGAUAUCGCCUCUCUCCUUUAUAGCACUGAUGAUUUAAUGAGUGUUUUAUCACAUGGGUCUUCACAAGAGACUAAAUCCCAAUUCAAUGCAUACAGGUUGGAUCCAAAUUCCCGUACUAGAAUUUUGGCAUAUCUACAAACAGGAGAGCAUGAUGAUGCAUUGAAGCUUGCUCUAGAUCAAAAAGAUUAUGCUAUGUCUCUAUUGGUAGGAAGUAUGAUAGGAAAAGAUAAAUGGGCAGAAGUUAUCCAGAGAUACAUUUCUGAUGAAUUCGUAGAAUCAAAUAAUAGUUCUAAAAAUGCUGGAAAUUUGUUAUAUCUAAUUUUUCAAGUUUUUGUAGGCAAUGCAAAAACAGCAGUAAAGGAAUUAUAUUUAGAUAAUAACAAGGGCCUAUGGGCAAUUAAUAAUUGGCAUAUGAUUGUAGCAGCAAUUUUGAACAAUGUUAAACCACAAACAAUACCAGGUUCAACUUCAAAACAUAUCGAAGUUCCACCUCUUGUUUUUGAAUUUUUAGUAGAAUUUGGUAUAUUUUUGGAACAGAAGUCGUUACACUUACCUGCAUGCAUUAUUUUUAUUAUAGCAAACGUGCCAUUGUCGUCUAAACCUAUAGUUCAAGAUUCUCCUGUGUUAUUUUCUUCUGUCGGUAAUCCAUCAACUCCAUGUGGUAUGAUGUGGUCUGAAAUUUACGAUUUCAAUUUUUGUAAGGAUCCUAAAGCUAAAUAUAACAUUGACUUACUUCCUAUUAAACUAUACCAUGCAUACUGCUUAUUUGAACAAGAUUUGAUACCAUUAUGCUCAAAAUAUACUGAUCACAUAUCUCACAUUUUGAAGUCAAGCUCUAAGAAAGAUCCAUUAUGUAUAAAUAUCAGUGCCCGUCUAUCUGAGUUAUCAACUAGGAUGAUGAAUUCAAGCAAUAGUUGGUUAGGGAAACCUAAACUAAGUAGUGUUUGGGAUCAAUUGGACAAAUCGUUCAAUAAAUUCAUUGGUGGUGAUGAUGACUCAUUGAUUCCGGCCACAGGAGAAAAGAAAUUAUUUGAUGGUUUUACUCCCGUAACUUCAAGAAAUUCUUCUAUGUUAGAUAUAACACAGACCCAUUCACAAGCACAAUUUACUCCUUACCAGAACUCGGUUCAUAGGACUUCUCAGACUCAAUUAGAAUCAUUAUCGUCAAGCGAGAAAACAAACAUGAUUAGUCCUGUGAGACCUAGCUCGUUACUGAAUGAACAAUAUAAGGGCACAAAUAAUGGAAAUCCUUAUUUACCACCAAAGUUUGAUUCUAAACUAUUGCACUCACCUCACUCUUUUACCCCAGUUGUUCCUUUUGCAUCUGGUAACCCCAACCAAUUAAGAAGAGUAAGAACUGAACAAUAUAUGCCUACACAUAGUUCUUCUAUCAGCGAAACUCAUGGAUCUCCUUCAAGCAAAAGUAUCUCAAGAGAUUCCAGAACUGCUUUAAAGAACGCCCCUCUAUAUGAUAUUAUUUCUGAGGCGUCAGAGAAAGACCAUUCUGUUAAUGAGCUGAGAAAGACAGUUUCCUUAACACAGCCAUAUGAAUCCGACGAUAACCAGCAUAUGCAACAAUCCCUGCCAAAAGCCCCAAUAUUGGAUAGAGGAUCCGAUCUUAUUACCACCAAUAAAGAAGAGUUGGGACUAGAAUCAGAAGAAAAUUUGAUUGCAGGAGUGGAUAAAAAUGAGUUGAAGGAUAAAAUCGAAGAAGUAGAUAAUUCAACCACCCAUGAACAGAACCAAGAUAAUGCUUUCAACUAUUCUAACGAGUCAGGAGAAGAUAGAAGUGAAUUGAUUGAAAAUUACAAGGAAUCUUCCGUGGAAACGAUUAACCAAAAUCCAACCAUUCAACAAAAUGGCAUGAAUAAAGAAGUAGAAGAAAAUAUGGAAGUAUUCGAAUCCCAAUCAAAUGGAUUAAUUACUCCCUCUAUAAUCUCAUCAGCAAACCCAAUUACAUUUGAAGGCAAUAGCUUACAGGGUCUUGCUAUAAAAAGCCAAACUAGCUUAGAUAAUAUAAAAUCAAAAUACAAUCCCUAUGAAGGUAUAAAAUCCUAUCAACCUUCAAAUAUUAGUUCGCCUGAAAUUGGAGGUCAAGUCAGUAGUAUAUCUGGAAAUGGGGUCAGUACCGACUCACUAGGUGUAAAUAAUUUUGGCAAUGUUAAAGUAGGGUACACCAAGAAUAUUUCCUCUGCGGAUGCAAUCUUGACAAUUGACAAGAAUGACUCGGCAUUGAAUAUACCAUCUAGAAGAUUUGGUCCAAUAAAAGAAUCAGAACCUCUAUCAAAAGCACUAUUCGAUCCAAUUAUUAAAGUUUCUUCAAGUUCCAACUUUAGAUCUGUUUCAUCAAUUUCUCCAAGUGCUAUGGAGCAUCAAUAUGAUGACAUAAUAGAGGACGAAUCAGAGGAUGAAGAUGAAAUAUUGGAAAGACAGAAAGAGGAAGAAAGAAAGAGAGAAGAAGCUGAAAGAGAGAGGAGACUUCAAGAACAAGAAAAGGAACGUGAAAGAAAGAGGGCAGAACUAGAAAAACAAAAGAAAAGAGAUACUAAUACAGAUAACGGUUCAAACCAAUCUGGAUGGUUUGGAUGGUUGAAAAAGGAUCCUAAUGAGAAGAAACCUAUCAAAGCUAAACUUGGCCAUAAAAAAACGAACUUUUAUUAUGAUGAAAAGCUAAAGAGAUGGGUUAAUAAGACUUCCACAGAGGAAGAAAAACAAGAUAUGUCUGCUCCACCACCUCCACCACCUGUAGUGAAAAGGAAGAAUACUGAACCUGCAUCGAAACCAAGAUCAGGCUCCACAAAUAGUAUUAAUGCCAAUAUUGGAGAAAGGACAAGUAUCGUUGCUAGCAUGGGUAACCAAUCUCCCUCACCAGCAACUCUAGUUCCGCCAUCUUUAAUUACAUCAGAUCCACCAUCAAGAACACCAAGUGUGAAUAGCUCUGGUAUUAAUUUGUCAGGUAAAAAAGCCAAUGGUCUUGAUGACUUAUUAAGUUUGACUGGUUCUGGGCCAGCUGUUAAUACAAGGAGAAAGAAGAGGACAGGAAGAGGUUAUGUCAAUGUAAUGGAUAAUAAUUGA